UGUCAUUUCGCACAAAUUGUGAAAAAUGAAAAGAAAGUAGGACCAAAUGCAAUAUUUUAUAGCCUCCAAAGUAGAUGCAUGUGAGUGUACAUUCAGCAUAAAAUCUGGAGGACCCAAAGAGCAGUACACAUUUCAUUGGUUUCAAUUCAACAGAGUUUUCAUUUUCUCAGAAAUAUACAUUUCUCUCUUGUGUUGUCCUGUAUUAUUGGAAUAGGAGCGAUGGCAAAUCUGAAUGGGACGACCUCGGAUCUGAGGACAAAAUUCUUGGAGGUAUACUCAGUUUUGAAAUCUGAGCUGUUGAAUGAUUCAGCUUUUGAAUGGACUGAUAAUUCUCGCCAAUGGGUUGAACGGAUGCUGGACUACAAUGUUCCUGGAGGGAAAUUAAACAGAGGCCUGUCUGUUAUUGAUAGCUACAAGCUGCUAAAAGAAGGAAAAGAGCUAACUGAGGAGGAAAUCUUUCUUGCUAGUGCUCUUGGCUGGUGUAUUGAAUGGCUUCAGGCAUAUUUUCUCGUCCUAGAUGAUAUUAUGGACAAUUCUCACACUCGUCGUGGUCAACCAUGUUGGUUCCGGGUUCCCAAGGUUGGUAUGAUUGCUGCAAAUGAUGGGAUUAUACUUCGUAAUCACAUUCCAAGAAUUCUCAAGAAACACUUCAGAGAUAAGCCUUACUAUGUGGAUCUAUUGGAUUUGUUCAAUGAGGUUGAGUUCCAGACUGCUUCGGGACAGAUGAUAGAUUUGAUUACUACCAUUGAAGGAGAAAAAGAUCUGUCAAAAUACUCGUUAUCCCUUCACCGGCGCAUUGUUCAGUAUAAAACUGCUUACUACUCAUUCUACAUUCCGGUGGCCUGCGCAUUGCUCAUGGCUAAUGAGAACUUGGACAACCAUAUAGAUGUGAAAAACAUACUUAUCGACAUGGGAAUUUACUUUCAAGUGCAGGACGACUACUUGGAUUGUUUUGGUGACCCUGAACGGAUUGGGAAGAUUGGUACCGAUAUUGAAGAUUUCAAAUGUUCUUGGUUGGUUGUAAAAGCCUUGGAACUUUGCAACGAAGAGCAAAAGAAAAUUUUAUUUGAUCACUAUGGAAAGGAAGAUCCUGCUGAUGUUGCCAAAAUCAAGGCCCUCUAUAACGAGCUCAAUCUGCAGGGUGUGUUUGAGGAGUACGAAAGCAGGAGCUACGAGAAACUCACUACCUCUAUUAAAGCUCACCCGAGCAAAGCUGUGCAGGCUGUGUUGAAGUCCUUCUUGGGCAAGAUUUACAAGAGACAAAAGUAAGAGAAAUACAGGAAUGAUAUAUAUGCGGAGGAAGUUUGGAUGGAUCUGUACUUAUGUUUUAUUAGUUGGGGAAAAGAUUUCCCCUCUGUGCACUGUUUUUAUUUCAGAUUAUAACAUCAUGAAACUAUCCUCAAUUUUUCUACAUGGAUGUAGAAUGAUUGAUUAUGAUUUUUGUUUUAAGAAUCUUGGAAUUGAGUUUCUAGGGAUUUUUGAUGAAUGAUCUUGUUUCCCUCA